CGGCGCCGCGGUAGCUGGCUCCGGGUUGUGGCGUCCUAGGAGCCGCGACGGUUUCUGCCCUAGGGCCGUGGGAGUGGCAACGCUUGGCUGUUCCCUGCGGCGGCCCGUAGUCCCGCGUUAAGCUCUCGUUCAGGACUAGGGCUGCGGCAGCUGCUGUGGCGGUGGGCUCGGGGGAGCGCCAGUGACCUCGCUGCAGGUGCCUUUCGCCGCCCGCGCUCGCCGGAGGAGGAAGAGGGCAACUGGCCUCCUUGCGUUCCUGACCUGCGGAUUUUGCUCGGCCUCCGAGGGCUCCGGAGGAGCUGCACCUCUGAGGGGCUUGCCGAGGCGGAGUCUUCGGAUGUGUAAGAGGCAACCUAGUACUCGUGGGGUCGCAAAGAAGACCGCAAGGACUUUGCUUCCUCCUUCAGACGCUUGGCUUCCCCGCCUUGACUAUCCCCGCAUUCAUUUUCACUUCCUCUCAAUGUUCUCUUCAUAUAUCUGGAAAUAUGAUCAGCGCCCCUGACGUGGUGGCUUUCACCAAAGAGGACGAGUAUGAAGAGGAGCCUUACAAUGAGCCAGCCCUGCCCGAGGAGUACUCGGUGCCGCUCUUCCCCUUCGCUAGUCAAGGGGCCAACCCCUGGUCCAAACUGUCCGGGGCCAAGUUCUCCCGGGACUUCAUCCUUAUUUCGGAGUUCUCUGAGCAGGUGGGCCCCCAACCCUUGCUAACCAUCCCCAAUGACACCAAAGUUUUUGGUACCUUUGAUCUUAAUUACUUCUCCUUGCGGAUUAUGUCUGUGGAUUACCAGGCCUCCUUUGUGGGCCACCCACCUGGUUCUGCCUACCCCAAGCUGAACUUCGUGGAGGACUCCAAGGUGGUGCUAGGAGACUCCAAGGAGGGCGCCUUUGCUUAUGUGCACCACCUUACCUUGUAUGACCUGGAGGCCCGUGGCUUCGUGAGACCCUUUUGCAUGGCUUAUAUCUCUGCAGACCAGCACAAAAUCAUGCAGCAGUUUCAGGAGCUUUCAGCUGAAUUUUCCAAAGCUUCUGAAUGCUUGAAGCAGGGCAACAGGAAAGCAUUUGCUGGAGAACUUGAAAAAAAGCUGAAAGAUUUGGAUUAUACCAGGACAGUGCUGCACACAGAAACAGAGAUCCAAAAGAAAGCCAAUGACAAAGGUUUUUACUCCUCUCAGGCAAUUGAAAAAGCCAACGAACUGGCCAGUGUAGAGAAGUCCAUCAUUGAGCACCAAGACCUGCUGAAGCAGAUCCGCUCAUACCCUCAUCGGAAGUUAAAGGGGUCUGAUUUGUGUUCUGGGGAGACAGAGAACAUGCAGGAGCAGGCCUACCAGGCAGUCACUACCUCUAACCCCGAUGAGUCUGUUGACACAGACCUUUACACCUGCAGACCAACCUAUACCCCCAAACUCAUCAAAGCAAAGUCCACCAAGUGUUUCGACAAGAAGCUGAAGACCUUGGAAGAACUCUGCGACACUGAGUACUUCACUCAGACUCUGGCUCAGCUCAGCCACAUAGAGCACAUGUUCAGAGGAGACCUAUGUUACCUGCUGACCAGUCAGAUUGACAGAGCACUGCUAAAACAACAGCACAUAACAAACUUUCUCUUUGAAGACUUUGUGGAGAUCGAUGACAGGGGAGUAGAGAAACAAGAGACCACAGCCCCUAAUCCCAGUCAAGAUCGCCAGCCUCCCAGGUUUCUGGAAGAAUAUCCUAUUCCUCAAGUGUUGAUUAGCGUUGGCUCAUACAAGUCUAGUGUAGAGUCUGUGCUGAUCAAGAUGGAGCAGGAACUUGGAGAUGAGGAGUAUAAGGAAACAGAGGUGCCAGAAUUGAGCAGUUUUGACCCUCAGGAGAACCUGGAUUACCUGGAUAUGGAUAUGAAAGGGAGUAUCAGCAGUGGUGAAAGCAUCGAGGUUCUAGGCACAGAGAAGUCCACCUCUGUACUGUCUAAGUCUGACAGCCAGGCUAGUCUCUCGGUGCCAUUGAGCCCCCAGGUGGUCAGGAGCAAAGCAGUCAGCCACAGGACCAUCAGUGAGGACAGUAUUGAAGUCCUCAGCACCUGCCCCUCUGAGGCCCUCAUCCCUGACGACUUUAAGGCCAGUUACCCAAGUGCCAUUAAUGAAGAAGAAGCCUAUGUAGAUGAUAGUGAGGGAGCCAUCCACUUCCAGGCAACUGUCAGCCCCCAGGAGCUGGGUGAGGCAGAGGAGGGCAGCUUGGGAAACCCCCCUUUACAGACAGACUCCUCCUGCUGCAUUGGGAAGGAGAGCGACAGUCUGCAGAUGCCACUCUCCGCUCCAGCCCAUUCGCUCUCCGACGAGGAUGAAGUGGUGAGCAUUCCCCCGCAGCGCUACAGGCAGAAGGACCAGGGCUUCCAUGUGGACUUUUCAGUGGAAAAUACCAACCCCUCUUCCCGAGACAGCACUUCCGAAGGCUUCCCUGCUUAUGAGCUGGACCCCAGCCGCCUGCUGGCCAGCAGGGAUGUCAGUAAGACCAGCCUGGAUAACUACUCAGACACUACCAGCUAUGUGGGCAGCAUAGCCUCCACCAGCUCGGACAGGACUCCCUCUGCUCAGCCUGCUGGCUCCUCUUCAGAGAGGCAUAAAAAGAGAGCUGGCCAGAACGCCUUAAAAUUCAUCCGGCAGUACCCCUUUGCCCACCCAGCCAUCUACUCUCUGCUCAGCGGGAGGACACUCGUGGUCCUGGGGGAGGAUGAGACUAUAGUCAGGAAGCUCGUGUCUGCGCUGUCCAUCUUUGUCCCCAACUACAGCCGCUGUGCCAAACCGGUGAAGCACUGGGUUUCCUCCCCGUUGCACAUUACGGAUUUCCAGAAGUGGAAGCUUAUUGGCCUGCAGAGAGUGGCAUCACCUGCUAGCGCUGGCACUCUGCAUGCCCUGAGCCGCUACAGCCGCUACACAAGCGUUCUGGACCUGGACAACAAAACCCUGCGCUGCCCGCUCUACAGAGGCACCUUCGUGCCCCGGCUGGCAGACCACCGCACUCAGAUCAAGCGGGGCAGCACCUACUACCUGCACGUGCAGAGCAUGCUCACCCAGCUGUGCGCCAAGGCCUUCCUCUACACCUUCUGCCACCACCUGCACCUGCCUGCCCACGACAAGGAGACCGAGGAACUGGUGGCCAGCCGCCAGGCAAGCUUCCUGAAGCUGAACCUGGGUCUGGUGAAUGAAGAUGUCAAAGUGGUCCAGUACUUGGCGGAGCUGCUGAAGCUGCACUAUAUGCAGGAGUCUCUGGGGACCAGCUACCCCACGCUCAGGUUUGACUAUGUCCCCAGCUUUUUGUACAAAAUCUGAGGUCAGUCC